UUAAUACCACGCCCAUAAAUCUAAAUAUGUCUUCCACUUCAUUCAGAGAUGAAGUGACUACACUGGAGCACCCGACGCUCAAAGUCCCGUAUGAACUGCUCAAUAAGAAGUUUCGUACUGUCCAGAAAGUGAUUGAUAGAGAUAUUAUCAGUGUCAGUGGCUCAGUGAGUGACCUCACCUCCUCUCUCAGCGCUAGCAGUGGUACUCCUACUACUCAAGUCUUGUUUGCUAUUGAUAAUUUGACACAAAAACUACAGUCAUUCAAGAAAAAGUGUGACGAGUGCAUUGAAGAAGAAAAAGAAAGCUCUGAUUUGUGUAAGGUCAGAUUGGAUCAUCUCAAAUCCUAUGCUUCAGGUGACCAGCCUGAAGGACUACAGACAGCUUGGAAGAAGACAAGAUGCAACAGGACGCUAGUAGACCAUUUCUUAAGAGAGGGACACUACACCUCUGCUAUGCUCCUAGCACAGUCCUGUGAUAUUGAGCACCUUGUCGACGUGAGGGUUUUCCAGGUUUGUCAGCACGUGGAGGAGGGACUCCGUUCCCAUAACACUGCCCCGUGCCUUGCCUGGUGUCACGAGAACCGCUCGAAAUUAAGACGUCUAAAGAGUACUCUAGAAUAUCGCGUGAGACUCCAAGACUUCACUGAACUCGUUAGACAAGAGAAGAGGCUAGAGGCUGUCAAGUAUGCCCGUAAGCAUCUAUCUACUGGAGGAGAUGAAAUGAUGUCAGACCUAAAAUCAGUUAUGGGGCUACUUGCCUUCUCUCCUCAGACUCCAUGCAAGAAGUACAAGCGUUUGUUCUCAUUGCAGCGUUGGGAUGAUCUCAUAGCUCAGUUUAGAUUAGAGAACCUCUCACUGUAUCAGUUACACUCUCACUCUAUCUUAUGCACUGCACUUGAGGCUGGACUCUCUGCACUAAAGACUCCUCAGUGUUAUAAGCAAGGCGAGCAUAACAUACAGUGCCCGGUUUGUUCAGAGUUGUUCAAUGACCUGGCAUCAGUCCUGCCAUACUCUCACAGCUCACAAUCAUACCUCAUAUGCAACAUAUCAGGUGAACCAAUGAAUGAACACAAUCCACCAAUGAUGCUACCCAAUGGAUAUGUGUAUGGGGAACAGGCGUUAUUAAGAAUGUCAGAGUCCAAUGGUGGCAUGAUAAAGUGUCCAAGAACCAGCGAGAGCUUUCAGUACAGCAGCAUUAAGAAAGUGUUUGUCAUGUGACCUGUCCAGCGUGGAUUUAAAGACACGUUCAUUAAUAAUCAGAACUAUAAUAAUACUACGUAUGCAUGCACACAAUACUUCAACCAAGAAAAUGAACUUCAGUUAAUUUCUUGUAUAAAAAAUAAUAAUUAUUAUUAUCAUUAUUAUUAUGAUAGAAAAUUAUUGUCAAGACACA